ACGGAAAAUCGCAACUCUUUCGGCAGUUUGGCCUACAUCUCUGCCAGCGAGGUAAAGUAAAGUAACUCGGGCAGAAGGACGAUGAUGCAGUAUGGUGGACCAUAUGCCGGGUCCGUACGGAACGGUUCCAGCCGACGCGACGGAUAAUUACGAGGGAUGCUACGCUGCCUUCGGGGGGUAGGGGCGAGCGAAAAUUCAAUGGUGGGGCGCGUUGCUACAUAAGGAAGGUACCGUCCUCCGAAGGGUCCCAGUCCGUUGGAAAUUUCGGCGAUACGGGAACCUGCUCGUUUGCUCGUUGCUUGCCGACAACACGCGCUACGCUUGUGUUCUGUCUCUACUCGGUGUCCUUUGUGAUGAACGCGUUGAAAUCGUGCGACUCGAUUUAAAAAUCCAAGAGCUAGUGAACCUCGAGUGAUUGAUUUUGAUCAAACAUGAAGACUUUGUGGUUUAUUUUGUUGGCCUGGUGUAGCACGCCAACUACUGGAUUCGAUCUCGGGCCGAUCAUCAGAACUGCUCAGUGCAGAUCGCAAUGUUUGAAGCAGCACACCGCCGACGGGUUCUGCGACAACUUGUGGGACACGGAAUACAAGCAGGCACACUCUUGUAAAGUUUGCUGGCUGUACUGCGAGACCCUCGAGAACCAGUGGGAGAAGACAAGAACCAUUUGCGAGGGCGACCAGUAUCUACAUUGCCCGGCCUGCCAGACAGCCUGUAACUAUCGCCAGACUAGGAUAGAGGAAAAGUAUUUGCCGUCCAUGUUGCCAACGCCGGAGAAGGCACCCGUGGUGUUGGACAGGUUCGACGUGGCGGUGAUGAUGCGCAACGUUCGCGACGAAUGGAGAAUAGUCGGAUACUUUCCGGGCGAAACAAGGCCGGAGCUGAAGCAAGAUACCUGGAUCGUUGUCGCGACGGAGAACGGCGUGAAGCGGCACUACAGUUGGCAAGAGUGGGUUCCAAAGUUGGAGUCUUUGAAGAAAGGUUUCUUCUACGAGGCGACCGUCUCGUGGAAGGACGUCGACGCUCAGAUUCAGAGGCAAAAGUCAUUGGAAAAGGCCAGAGCCAACGACCGACUGAGACAGGCGUUUCUGGAAAUCUACGGCGAGAAGGUGCUGGCCGAGUGGAAGAGCCAAGAGUUCAUUCGCAUCUCGAAAGAGGUGUUCCGAAAAUUCUUCUUCAAAGGUGGAAAGAACGAUUUCGAGGUGGACAACGCACCUCCCAAAGCAGUUUACAACGGCAGGAUCCGCGUGGAGGAGGCAAGUCGCGAGUCGAAGAAGAAGGAAUCGUACGUGGUCUGCUGGCAGCCGGAGACGGGAGGUCUUAAGGGAAAUCAAGUGACGGACUCGAAUUCCGCGCAGAUUUCCCUGUUGCCUGGAACGAAAUACCUCGUGAGGAUCGCUUCGAACGAAGGGCCUGGCAGCUUCCCCAUCGAGGUGGACACCAGGUUUAAUCCCGAGGAAGCUACGAACAUACAGCGAGCCGUCCAGCAAUUAUUUAUCUGGGAAAUUUACGUGGCCUGCGCUUUUAUCAUUUGUUUCGUAAUCUCUCUCAUCCUGACAUUGAUCUACGGAAAGUCCAAGACCGCCAAGUGCGAACGAGUCUGAAGGCCAAUGUCCCUUCUUUUUCGUUUCCCCCCCUUUUUUCCUUUCUUCGUUCGAGGACGGACAAACGUUGACGUAGCAUCCGAUCGAUGACGAACGACGCAAACUCAGGGACUCGGACUUGUUUGCAUCGACGCGAGAUGGAAUCCUCGCGAACCGAACGGAGGAAACGAUCGCGUCGCAGCUUGACCGUCUGUACAGGUGUAAGGUACUCGGUUGCUUGGAAAAGUAAAAGAAAAAGAAACGAAACCAAACCGAGUCAAACGGAGUCGAGGGCGUGUAAGCGGCGUACUCUUUGUAAGAGUUGCGAUAUCGCCACCACCACGAUCGCAUCGUUGUAAAUGUCGACGAGAAAAUGUACAAAAAAAAAGCUAUUUUUCUACGUGUAAUAGGAUACAAAUUAAACGAUUCCUUGCUCAUCGCGCAACGAACAGACUGCAAGAAAAGUUCCUAUCGACGAGAAGUAAAAAUUGGCGCCGUUUGAGGUGUCGAUCACUGUAUUUAUUUGUGUACAUACACACGCAUGUAUAGAUUAUAGAUUAUAUGUAUGUGUAUAUAUAUAUAUACAUAUAGCUCGGAAACUUGUUGUACAUA